AAGAAGUUGAAAGUGGAAGCGGCAAUAGGCCCAGUUUUAAGUUUAGCGGCACCAACAUUUGUGCGUCUGAGCUUCUCAGGAUAGUCACCAAUGGCAGCUACGUUAGUUGUAUCAACAUCCGUAACUCCAAAAUUAAGGCCCUUUUCGUUAAUUUCCCACCAAAAUCAAUCUUCUGCACAAAAGUGGCUUUGGCGCAAGAAACAGGGAGGAAAUAUUGAUCGACGUGGUAAUUAUGCAGAUUGUGCUUCACUGAUACGGGGGUUAAGUAGGAAAAAGUUGCCUGUUGCUGCUGAAAGGCUAGUCCUUGAAAUGAAAUCUGAGGGUUUUGUACCUGAUAACUCUACCUUGUCAGCAUUGAUGCUAUGCUAUGCCAGUAAUGGUUUAUUUUGCAAAGCAUUAGCUGCUUGGGAUGAAAUUAUAAACAAUUCAUUUCUGCCGGAUGUUCAUGUAAUUGCAGAACUGAUUGAUAUCUGCGGCUGCAAAGGAUAUUUAGAUGUUGCUGUCAGAAUGUUGCAUCAGACUCAGUUGAAAGAUUCCAACAUGCUUCGUGAUGUUUAUGCUCAGGCUAUCUCUCGUUUUGGAAAGAAAGGGCAGCUUGAAUUGAUGGAAGUUAUGUUGAAAGAGAUGGUUUCCAUGGGGUUCCCUGUUGAUUCUACUACUGGAAAUGCCUAUGUAAUAUACUAUAGCAAUUUUGGCACGCUGAGUGAAAUGGAAGUUGCAUAUGGCCGUCUUAAGAUGUCAAGAAUUCUUAUAGAGGAAGAAGCCAUCAGGUCGAUCUCCUUGGCUUAUCUCAAGAAAGAGAAGUUUUAUAGUUUAGGUCAGUUUGUAAGAGAUGUUGGUCUUUGUAGGAGAAAUGUCGGAAAUCUCCUGUGGAACCUAUUACUUCUUUCUUAUGCUGCCAACUUCAAAAUGAAAAGUUUGCAGAGAGAAUUUGUGAGAAUGGUAGAAAGUGGAUUUUUUCCUGAUCUUAAUACUUUCAAUAUUAGAGCUUUGGCAUUUUCAAAAAUGUCUUUGUUUUGGGAUCUGCAUGUAACCCUUGAACAUAUGAAACAUGAGAAGUUAGUUCCUGAUCUUGCGACUUACGGUUCUGUUGUUGAUGCAUACUUGGAUAGAGAUCUGGGAAGAAAUUUGGAUUUUGCUUUACGGAAAUUGAAUAAAAAUGGUUGUGUUACAGUAGCAACAGAACCGCUUGUAUUUGAGGCCAUGGGGAAAGGGGAUUUCCACUUAAGCUCAGAGGCAUGUUUAGAGUUCAGUAAGAAAAAGAAUUGGACGUAUGAGGAGCUUAUCACCACCUAUCUCAAGAAAUACUUCCGCCGUAAUCAAAUCUUUUGGAACUAUUGAUGAUGAAUAGCAUCUGUGCUGGAAGUUCUGUGCAAUUGCAUUGUGGGCAGUUAUUUGAACAAUUCUUCAGAUACGCUGUUAAAAGUGGUUUAUCGGUCCUGACUGCACCCAUCCAUUCACUGAUGAUAUAACUAGGAGCUGUAUUUAUGGCUAUCCAUUCAGUAAGCUCACCUGAGUGGCACAAUUUAGUGGAUAGGUUAACAGACGCUAACAACAAAUUAAAAAAACUGAAGAUUAGUAACCUGAAAGAAGACAAACUCCUGCAGAUAAAUGAAACCCCAGGAGGAUCUUCAGCAGCAGUUUUCUCUGAGUGGAACAACUUUAUGUCUCCAAAGACUCCCAGAAAACUAUCACUUUUCUUAAAGUUUUAUAUUUAUCCACACACACACACUCAAAAUUUGCCUUGAUGUGGCGAGGGUUAGGUGGACUUACACCUGAGUAUUAGUAUCUAAAAGAGUGAAGAUUGAAGAGAGAGAUUAGACUCAACAGAUUAAUGAGUGGGCCUAGAGUAAUGUUAGUGGCUCAAUGGGCUGAAUUGACAGAAACCCAGAGCAGCUUUAUGGCUGAGCUGAGAAAGAGAAGUGCACAAUGGUAGGACAUGAAAAGAGAAAAUUAUUGUGCAAAUGGGCUCACGAGAGUUUGGCUCUAAUAUCAUGUGAAAGAAUAUGAGCAUCUAACCCAAAACCUUAAGGCAAUGGGUGGUCCAGUACUUUAUAAAUCUCUUUGGAAGCCCGUAUACAACCUAUGAGGGACAAAUGUAUUCUCUAACGGACUCCUAACAAAAAUCAUACUUAAAGCAAACAUACCAACAUGUCUAAGACUUAAUCCCUAUUAAUUUGUAUUGCUUAUAUAAUUUUUUUUCUUUCAUUGUUUUUGUGCUAUUUUUUCCCCAGACCCCACGAUGUGGGAUUUCACUGGGUUGUUGUUGUUGUGCUAUUUUUCAAUAAGUUUGCAUCCUGACAAGAAAAUUGAUCUAGAACCUAACUCAAGCCUAAAAGCUAGCUCAUGAGGUGAAAAUUGUCCAAAAUCAUGUAAGGAGACCAAAUACCCAUCCAACAAUUGAUGUGGGAACUCAACACCCUCUACACUAGGACUACACAUGUGGAGCAUGGAUAGUAUGAGAUGGGGGGCUUUACAUCUGAUAAACCAAGAGAAUUGGGAUGGGCCUAACUCUAAUACCAUGAUAAGAAAAAUGAACUUUGGGCCUAACUCAAUAUCAAAAGCUAGCUCAUGAGGUAAGAAUUGUCGAAAACCAUAUAAGAGAUCAAAUUCUAUUCAGCUUGUUCAGGGUACAGUGUCCUCUUUGAUUUUGACAACCAGUAAAGAUAAGAAGUUCUCUGUUAAAAGUUGUUAUAAGGGAAACAUUUCAUUUGGAUAAUACUUGCCUUGGAAGAUGUUUUGGAAGACCAAAGCUCUAGUUAAGGUGGCAUGUAUGGAAUGGAUUGCAACCUUGGGUGCAUAUCUACUCAAAAUAAUUUAGAGAGGAGGGGCUUUAUUUUGUGUAACAGAUGCUAUUUAUGUGAAUUGUGGGAUUUCACUGGGUUGUUGUUGUUGUUGUUGUAUGCUAUUUAUGUGAAGAAGAACAGUAAACAGUUGAA